AUAAAUUGCAAUAUUUGUAUAUAGCGUGCAAAUUUCUAUUUUCUUCAAGAAAAGGCUACGUAUUCUUUAGUCCUGCGAAAAGUCAGCGCGGCUGGAAACGGUCGCACGCGAAUAAAAGAUGCACAAUACAUAGUGGUAUCUUCGAAAAAAGAGCGGUUUUUGCAGCGCAUAUCUAUGACGGAAGUCCUCGGAUUUAGAAUGAUCAUCCACAGAGGCACCACGAUCAUCACGACGCUGUUGGUGCCCAAAUUGGCUCUGAGCUGCGUUGGUAUUUGGCCCGUAAAGAAAAAGGACUUUUUCAUGGAUCUCAGAUGGAUCAUUGCCGUAUUUUUGGAAGUGCUGCCGAUGUGCAUUUAUUUUACCGAAAUUUAUCUCCAUUGUAACGGUACGAAAAAAUCCUUCGACUCGUUAACAACAGGCGCUGCCGCCAUGUUAGCCCUCACGAGACUGAUCACGCCUCGUAUCCAUCGCGAAGAAUUGCUCGAGAUAGUCACCUCGAUGACGGACGAUUGGGCGACGCAGAAGGAUAAGAGGGUACGCUGGAUCAUGAAGAAGUACGCGACGAUGUCGACGCGCGUCACGACGCUCACCUUCAUCCUGGUGGGCAUCAUAGUGAGUGUUUACACCUCUAUGGCGAUAUCGGCAAUCACAGGAAAGAAGCACGGUAACGAGAUCGAGAACGCAAACACGAGUCGCGAGGAUCGGAUUCGCGAGUCCUGCGUGUUUCGAAGCGAGUCGUCGCGUCAGAUGUUCAUGAUCGUCCAGGCGAUGCAGAUGCUCAUCACCGGCAUAUCGACCUUUGGUACCACCAGCUUCUUCUUCGGACUGGCCAUGCAUCUGUGCGCCCAGUUUGACGCUUUGUGCGUCCAGCUGUCCGAAUUCCGGGUCAACCAGGCGCAUCGCGCGAUAGCCGAAGCGGUCCAGAGGCACUGUCAGCUGAUCCGUUUAGCUAACUGUAUGGAAGAGUCGUUCAAUGCCAACAUUUUGAUGUAUCUGUUCGUCACUACCACUCUCAUGUGUAUAGACGGUUUCAUGUUAAUCGUGUCGUUACAUCUCGGCAAUCUAUCUAUGAUUAUACAUAACUCUAGCGUCUUACUUCUCAUGCUGAUCCAACUGUCAUUUUACACGUUCGCCGGUGAUUGCUUGGAGAUGAGAAGUACCGCGUUGUCAUACGCCACUUAUGAUUGCGAUUGGUACGAGCUGCCGACCAAUGUAGCCAGGGACUUUCAGAUUAUUUUGAUGCGAGCCAGUAUUCCGCAUCAACUGACGGCCGGGAAGUUUUUGCCCAUGAACAUGAUUAUGUUCAAAGAUAUUUUGAAAUCCACAGCGUCAUAUCUCUCGGUCCUGCGUGUCAUGUUGAAUGAAUAAGUUAUUUUAUCCUUGUGGAGAAUUUACAUGCAGUAUCAUCGGUUAUAUUUACUUUGUAAAAUA